AUGCGCCCUUUUCCUUUCCUCGUCUCGACGGCGUUCCUCCUCGCCAGAGAAACCGCCGCUGACUUCCCCGGCAACUUCUCGCGCAGCUGCACCGGCGUCGGCCUCUCCCACAAUUUCUUCCUGGGGGCCUCUUGCUCACAUCCCGACAACAACGGCGUGAACUCCCAGUCCGUCAAUCAGUUUGACUUGGCCAUGUGCAUUGGUUUAGACCAAGCCAGUGGCAAGAUGCAGUGGGAGGUUUAUGGCAAGUUUUCCAACUACUGUUCCAACUGCACCAUCUCGGCCGAUGAAGGAGAGCAUCUCCUGACUUGCGCCUGCCAGCCGCUGGUUAGCAGCCACGGUCCAGUCCUAUCGACGAUCAACCUAGACGAGGGUAUCACCAACGAGUGGGGGACACUCAAGUGCGCCGGCGGUGUAAUCUCUCGGGCCGUUGAUGGCCACAAGAAGCACUGA